AUGCUCUUCUUCUACUCUCUUCUUACAGCCAUACUAGCCUCUCUGCUCAAUCUCACGGCCGCCGCCGACAAUUUCGAUCAAUGCUACUUCGAUGCCGGCUAUGUCGGCCCCCAGUCCCUGCUUCCCUGUCUGCCUGCCAACGACACCGAGAACGGCUAUAGCUGGUGUUGCAUGGCCGGUCAGAACUGCGUCAACCAGGCCUGUUACGAUGCAAAGAGCGGCAUGACGUACCAGUAUGGCUGCAACGACCCCACGUACAAGGACAAGAACUGUCCCAUUAAAGGUGGCCUUGAUAGAGCCAAGUCCCCAUGGAUUGGUCUUGUCCAAUGUUCAAACGCAAACGAAGGCCAGCUCAAGUACUGGGCCUGCAACCAUCCCGACACCUGUGGCGAUAACUGCCCGACUGAGCCUGACCGGCCUCAAGUGACCCAAUCCGUCUGGCCCUGGGAGAUACAACCCCUGCCCCCCCUAAACGAUUGCAACGACCUGGGCAAAAGAGUUCUCGCCAUGUAUGCCCCCACCAGCCUGGGUUCGACUGGCAGAGUUCCCUCGACUUACAAGACACCCCGAGACAAACCAAGUCCGACGAGACCACCCGUACGCAGCAGCGACGCCAUCACCACCUCCUUUUCCUUCACCAUGUCUGCCUCGGAAAUCGUGAGCAGCACCGCCACCCCUGCAUCUUCUUUUACCUCCACCGCCACCAUUGCCCCGGGGGCGACCUCUUCCUCCCUAAGCAAAGGUGCCAUCACCGGUAUCGCCAUCUCUUCAACCGCUGUCGUUCUGUCCGUUGUCUUUGCCGUACUGAUCCUGCUCCGACGUCGUCGCGCUCGUCAACACGGAGACUCUUCUCCGAUUGCUGAUUCCCAUGAUCAGAAGGAAACUGGCCCCGCGGAACUACCAGAUGAGAAGCACAAUCUCAUGCAUCCGAUGUCGCCAUCAACACUUACAGAUGGUGGCCUCAAGCGGCCAGCCUCGGAAUUGACCUUUAGUGCCGUUUCUCCUAGUCCUAUGAGCACUCCGAGAACACCAGCCUCUCCAUACUGCGCACCGACGCCCUACGCGACACAUGCCGAGUUACAUGACGAAUCGAGGGUCAUACACGAGAUGCCAGCCAUCAACGAGCGGGCGGAGAUGCCGUGA